AGGAUAACUUCACAUAAAAGCCUGACUGAGGGGAAAUCUUUGCACUACACGAAUCACAGAUUUCUGGAUUCCAGUGUCAGCCACCUACCAUCGUGUUUUUCCUGAGAUCAUGUGAUAAAUAAGGGAGGACAAGGUUGGGACUGGGAGGGGGAUGCAAGCACUGAGAAAAGCACUUGGACCACACAAGGCUAGCUGGACACAAGUGUGUGAGUGAGUAAAAGCUGCUGCCAGUGGCCUGAAAUGAAGGUGAAAGCCGAAUCUCAGUAAAAUCUCAGCGCUGGUGCAAGUGCUACGAUGAACCUGACAGAAGUUCACGGCGGGAGCCUUUCUAAUGAAGCGAAUGCAUCUGACAAUGUUACCCUGGCCAUCCUGAACAUGCAGGGACCAAUGAACAAGACAGUCAAUAUACUGACUGUCCUCAACCUUUUUAUCACCAUGAUAUCCCUGGGCUGCACAAUGGAGAUUUUCAAAAUUAAGGCCUAUCUCUUCAAGCCAAAAGGAGUAGCCAUUGCCCUGCUGUCCCAGUUCUGCAUCAUGCCCAUCACCGCUUUCAGUCUCGCCAAAAUCCUGCAGAUGGAGCCCAUAAAGGCGGUGACGGUGCUUAUCUGUGGGUGCUGUCCCGGGGGAACCUUAUCAAACAUUUUUUCUCUUGUUGUGAAAGGCGACAUGAACCUCAGCAUUGUGAUGACCACUUGCUCCAACAUUGCAGCGCUGGGUCUGAUGCCUUUGCUGCUGUAUGUCUUCUCUCAAGGCUUCACUGGAUUGGAAAAUGCUGUGCCAUAUGCCGGCAUCCUCACCACUCUUGCUUUCACCCUGGUGCCUUGUGCUUUUGGCAUCGCUAUUAAUCACUUCAAACCAAACGCCGCAGUGAUCGUCAAAAAAGUUGGUCUCAGUAUUUUGAUCAUCUCCAGCAUCAUUAUUUGCACCCUGUCCUUCCAUAUUGUCAAAAAUGUAAUAUGGAUGAUCCUCAUGCCCGAUGCUCUUAUUGCGGCUUCACUGAUGCCCCUGAUUGGCUUUACGCUGGGAUAUGUCAUGUCUGUCUUAUGCAGACUCAGUCCACAAUGCAGCAGGACCAUCUCCAUGGAGACUGGAUGUCAAAACAUCCAGCUGUGCGUUGCCAUCCUAAAGGUGGCCUUUCCUCUUGAGGUUAUUGGGCCCAUGUUUCUCUUCCCUCUGUUAUAUAUCACAUUCCAGUGCGCUGAGGUCUUUCUCUUCGCUCUGGGCUUCAGAUGUUAUCAAAGAGUCAAGCCACCAGCUGAGGAUACAGAAAAACAGGAAGACCAGAUUGUUGAUCCUCAAGAUAAAGAGGCGAAGCGACCAUGAGAGCAUCACUGAUGAUAUCCCAGCGCUGGCGACGGGUACAAGGAACCGAUUCGUACGUAGAGAAUAAAGCCACCCAGUGCCCUUACUUUAUAAAUGUCAUCUGCCUGUUCAAAGAUCAGGGCUGUGACACUGAAGGAAGGACUGGGGAAGGAUUUGCAACCGUCCCAAAUGUGUGUGGGGGGGUUCUCUUUAUAGCGAUUAUUAAAGUGUCAUCUGCUCUUUUCACUCAGAUGUAUCUCAGAUGCGACAAUGACAAAACUGUCAAACAGCCAACUGUAACACCUCAAAUUAUAUUUAAUUAAAAUGAGUGUGGGAUAUAUACAGAGGAAACUUAAAUCUUUUGUUUUUUUACAUAUAUUAAAAUACCAUUUUCACACAAAAAAAAUAAAAUCCAUUCAUCAAUCCCAAGGUAAACUCAAUGGACCGUCAAACAAAGUGAACACUUAACAUUACACUAUCUGUACACUUAUAUUUUUUUUGCGUUGGAUCUUCCCAACCACAUUUACAGUGUCACAUAUAACGUGCCUGCAGUAGAUUUCAAAGUGAAGCUGCAAAGUAAAAAUAUCUACUUUUUAAGGUUUCCAUGAGCUGUAGAGGGAAAAAAAAACAACAAAAGAGCAAAAAGAAGCCAUGGCUGAUCAACAGCGUUUGGGGCACAAAUAAAUUAAAUACACCUUUUAACUUCCCAUUUAGAACCAAAACAGGAAUUCCCAAGCAGCCUGAAUAAAUUAAUAACAAAAUAUUUACCUGUGUACAAGUAAUGUGUCUGGCAAAGCCACAUAUAAUGUCACUAAGCAGUGGAGGCAUUUUACUGACAUUCAUUUUUAAAAUUUCACAAAUUAUAGAUACCUGUGCAUAGAAGUGGAAAGCUAAGGCAUUGGGGGGAAGGGGAUGAGUAUUAAGAGAAUAUAUUUGGAGGAAUGAAGUAUGUUGAAUGUACACCCUGAAUUCAGCAGUGUGAACUCUUGGGGAAGGAGGGUGGACAAAAAAUUUUAUAAUAUACAAUGAGACUCAAAAAUGUAAGUUAUGAUUAAUCAGAAAAUCUUUCAAGAUGAUGCUGUGAGCUUACAUAACAUGGACAGCAAUUUAUUUGACUAGCCUUUAUGUAUCAUUGCGACCAUGUUUCAUGAAUGGUGUGACGAGUAGUUAAAGAAAAGAAACGGCAAAUAAGACAAAUUACUUUGUAGCUCCUAAGAUGAGUUUGCGGCUUUGCCCAGUCAA